CGGAAGUGACGAUUCACGUAUCUACGCGCACAUGUUGCAGCAGGAAGAAGUGUGGUAGGAUACAAACAUUUGAAGUUGAGUAGACAUAGACACGUUGUUACAUUAUUUUUUAGUUCAGCAGUUAAAUACAUUUAUACAGAACUUACGUAUACGUUAUGACAAAUCCAGGGAACUAUCCGCCCCCCGUCUUUAACUGUCCGCCGCAGGCACCGGUGUUAAAGCCCUCUGCACUUCAGUGGGAUACUUCAGAGCCUAGUACAUUUCAGGCAGCGCGUGAUUGGAACUGGUUCGGUCCACAGCCUACCUUUCCUCAGCCACCACCACCGGGGCCUUGGAACACCUACACGCAAGGCAACUGGCAUGAUGGUCCGUGGCAACAGAACUUUGGAGCGAACCGCAGCCGAGGGUCACAUCAUAAGACAGGAGGCCAGCAGUAUGGGCGCCAGGACUUUGGUGGGAAAAAGAAAAACAAGAAAGAGCCGGAGUUCAGUUUUUUCUGUGACCCAUGUGACAGAGGCUUCAAACAUCAGGAUAAAUAUGAUGAGCAUCUUUCACAGCAUGUGAAGUGCUCAGUAGCAGACUGCAGUUUCACGGCGCAUGAGAAACUGGUGAAGAUUCACUGGAGGAAUAACCAUGCACCCGGAACGAAAAGGAUCAAACUGGACACCCCAGAAGAGAUAAAAAAAUGGAGAGAGGAGAGACGGAGGAACUUCCCAACUCUGGCCAAUGUGGAGAAGAAAAUGAAGUUGAUGGAAGCAAAGGAGGAAAGAGGAGAAGUUUUACAAACAGCCGAAUUUGGCCGGAUGCGAGGCAGAGGUCGCGGGGGUAAUAGGAGGGGUGGUUUUCGUGGACGGGGCAGGGGCAGGGAUAGCGACUCUCACUCCAAUUACAGAGGGGGUGCCGAGGAGAAGCAACAACAACAACAACCUGUCUCACAGCCGCGCAAAGAAGUAGAUCCACUGGGAACGUUAGCCAACAGCGAUCCAGACUCUGAGAAAGAGGACGUGGUCAGUGGUGAAACCGUGUCAGUGGCCCCCAAGAACAUGUCCGCCGGCCUGGCCUCUCUGGUGGCCAGUUAUGGCUCCAUGAGUGAGAGCGACCAGGAACCUGAUGCUGCUCCCAUUCUGAAGACCAGCAAAGUAUUAGAGGAGAAUAAAGCCAUGCUGAAGAACCUCCCUGCUCCGAGCCAGCCUUUCCAGGAGAGCAGUGUUCCCAUGGAAAGGGGCCCCCCUGGUAACAACUCCAGGGGGAGAGGGAGGAGACGGGGCAGGGGAGGGCGCCACCACAACGAUACCCCCCAACAGCGCAGGCACACCCUGCUGGAAAUGUUGUUGGCUCCUGACAUUCGGCACGAGAGAAACGUGAUCCUGCAGUGUGUGCGCUUCGUUGUGCGAAAUGGUUUCUUUGGCUUGGAGCGCAAAGGUGAAGAUCCCGCGGUGACGCACAGAAAGCAAGGCACAAAGUCAGGUGCUGAGUGCAUGUCACAGUCAGAGAAUGUCAUCAGUGGAAAUAUGCAGGCAUCGCAGGCAUCGCAGGCAACAACAUCACAGUCACCUCUGAAAGAUCUACCUCAAACCAAGAAUCCCUUUCUGGAACAUCAGCCUAGUCUGAGUAACACAAGGGGCCCUGGGCUGUUCCCCACAGGAAAUGGUAAUGGGACUGAAGGAAGCAUGACCGCUGGAGAGGACCGCCAUGUGUCCGAACAGUUCAGAAAUGGAGGGUCACAGGCUAAAGCUAAUACACGCCAUACCCCAUCAGUUUAUGAAGAUGAUGUAUGGGAGAUGGAUGACGUCAGCACCACAGAUGGAGACGUACACCCCUCAGAGGCAUGUGAUCCUGGAUUGAAUGAGAGUAGAGGUACUGCCGAGAGACGGAGUGAGGAGGCACCAGAGGUAUCUAUAGGGGGCGCUAUGCGCAGUCAGGUGCUUGGGUGGGUCGGUGAGAAGCCCUAACCCUAACCCUAUGAGCAGUCAGUGCUUGGGUGGGUCUUGGAGAAGCACAGCAUCCCUUCGCCAAAGUGAGCAGUCAAAGGACACUGCAUCAACACAGGACGCUUCAGUUGGCCGUGAGCCAGUAGAGAUGGAGAAAAACCUGAAAAUGGACUUGCAAUAUGCUGGCUCAGUUUAAGCUGAUGACAUAUGGGAAAAGCCUUCAAUUAAAACAGAUGACAAAUGUACAAAUGCCUAUUUUUCUCUCUCUCUCUCUCCUUUUUUUUUUCUUUUUCUUUUCAUAAACAGCCUUGUCUGUCCUGAGGGCAUUUUCAAUGUAUGCAGCAUUUGCUGCUCCUGCGGUUCAGUUUUCAGCGUUUGUCAUUCCAUGCAAAGUUUGUGUGAAAUAAAUGUUUAAUGUUAUGUUUUGGUGUGUGUGGACUGAACGUUUACUGGAGAUUAUGCAAAUUAUGUCUAUUAAAUGAAGUUUUAAGGA